UCUGUAUUUUAUAUAAAACUCAGAAGGAAUGAGUGUAUACACUGAUCAUUUUGAAGAGUAAAUAAAUGGCUAUACUGAUGUUGCAGACCUCAUGGCCUUUGGUUCCUAUCAGCUUCAUUGUAAAGGAAAUAGUAAGUUCGUUGAGGCAGAGCAGAGGGGUCAGUGGCCCUGUCCUCCUUGGAGAUGUCACAGACUGAGGUCUCAAGAACACAGCUGCCUAUUCACACUGUCUCGUUGUCAUGCUCCAGGCAGUCCCCAGCACAAGGCAGUGCUGCCCAAAUGCCAUGCUCCAUCACACAACCUAGUCCGAAUGGCUGCUUCUCAUAGUUUUUAUUUGCUGCACUGGAUCCUUGUCCUCUCUACUUUAGUUGCCAGAUCAUCAGUGAUGGCGUUCAAGGUGACUGAAGGCAGCACAGUGAUUCUUUCCUGCCAUUACUCAGUAAAGCAGCAUGGCCUGAGACAUGUGUGCUGGGGUCGAGACUGUGGAACGUUCUGGUGUAAUGACAUCAUUGUACAGACUGAUGAAAAUGGCGUCAUCUCAAAGGUCUCGGACAGGUACAGACUCAUCGGAGACGUUCUCUCUGGACAAAUGGACUUGGGCAUCCAGCGUAUACAAAGGACAGACAGCGGGCCUUAUUGCUGCAGGACAGACAUAGAUGGGCUUUUCAAUGACAAGAAAGUGACCUACACUCUAAAGGUCAUGAGAGCCCCAACAACAGUGCCUCCAACUACUACUACAUCUCUCACCACGGAGCCACUGCCAACUCAGACAGUGCCUCAUCUGUCAGACCCACCCAGAGAAACAGAGGCAUCAAGAUAUGACAUUUCCAGGCAAAACUUAACCAUACUUAAUCUGGGGGGUAUGGCUGAAGAAGCAGUCCCGAACAUCACACUACAGAUCAACAUUCCAGUACUAUCUCUGUCUCUCAGCAUCCUCUUGCUCCUGCUGGGCGCACUGGCCCUGAUGGUCUUCAAAUGUGGGUUUCAUAUGAAGGUGCUAGAGAGUGGAUGUCUCUCAAAUGAGCCAAGGCACAUCAUUUAUGAAAUACGGACCAGAAGACCAGUGGAGGAGAACAUUUACACCCUGGAUUAAGCACACAGCAGCUACAUAUACUCACAUUUCACUUUAUUGUGCAACCUAUACCAUUAAAAUUUAUGUUUCAGCUGACCUGUCCAUGCUCCAACCUUUCAAAACUGUUUUUUUAUUUUUUUAUUUUGGGCAGUUUUGGCUUUCCAAAUUUAGAGAACAACAGUGAUACCAUGGUGUUGCCACAUGUUAUUGUGAAGACUUUAUCACUGGUUUCGAGAACAAAUGGCAAACAGAGUGUCCUGAUAUUUACUUUGUUUUUCUGUAAAGACACCUACAUUGCAUUCGGAAAAUCUUCAGACCCUUUCACUUAUCUUCACAUUUUGUUACGCUUAGCCUUGUGUUAAAAUUAAAAAUUUCCCAUUUUCCCCCUGAUCAUUCUGCACUCAAUACCCCAUAACGACGAAGUGAAAACAAUUUUUGCAGUUUUUGCAAAUUUAUUGAAAAGGAAAAACUAAAAUAUUGCAUUGACAUAAAUAUUCAGACCCCUUACUCAGUACUUAGUUGAGGCACUUCCGGCAGUGAUUACAGCCUCCAGUGUUCUUGGGUAUGAUGCCACAAAGUUUGCACACCUGGAUUUUGGGAUUUCCUGCCAUUCUUCUCUGCAGAUCAUCUCAAGCUCGGUCAUGUUGGAUGGGGGCCUUUGGAGGACAGCGACAGUGGUCUCUCCAGAGAUUAGGUUGAAGUCAGGGGUCUGGCUGGGCCACUCUAGGACAUUCACAGAAUUGUCCCUAAGCCAUUCCUGUGUUGUCUUGGCUGUGUGCCUAGGGUACAUUGGAAGGUAAACCUUCGGGUCUGGUUUGAGGUCCCCAGUGCUUUGGAUCAUGUUUUCAUUAAGAAUAUCUCUGUAUUUUGCUCCAUUCAGCCUUCCCUCAACCCUGACCAGUCUCCUGUUCCAGCUGCUGAAAAAGAACCUCAUUGCACGUUGCUGCCACCACCAUGCUUCACUGUAGAGAAGGUAUUAGGCAGGUGAUGAGCAGUGCCUGGAUUCUUCCAGACAUAAUGCUUGGAAUUAAGCCAAAAAGUUAAAUCUUGGUUUCAUCAGACCAGAGAAUCUUGUUUCUCACAGUCUCAAAGUCCUUUAGGUGUUUUUUUGGGCAUCCAGGCAGGCUUUAAUGCAUCUUUUAAUGAGAAGAGGUCUGGCCCCUCUGCCAUAAAUGGCUUGGUUUUUGCUCUGAUCUGAAUUGUCAGCUGUGAGACCUUAUAUAGACAGGUGUGUGUCUUUCCAAAUCAUGUCCAACUGAAUUUACCACAGGUGGACUCCAGUCAUGGUGUACAGACAUCCCUAAGAUGAUCAAGAGAAAUGAGAGGCACCCAGAGUUAAGUUUCAAGUGUCAUAGCAAAGGGUGUGAAUACUCAUGUCCCUACAAAAUUUUAGUUUUUACACCAUUUGCAAAAAUUCUAAAAUAUAUUUUCACUUUCUCAUUAUGGGAUAUUUAAUGCAGAUUGAUGGGGAAAAGCUUGAAUUGUUUUGAUUUUAGCACAAGGCCUCUACAUAACAAAAUGUGAAAAAAGGGUCUGAAGACUUUUGGAAUGAAUUGUAGAUAAGGUUUACCACAGAUGUGGCCAUGUAUUUUGUUUUAGUUUCUUAUGUUUCAAUAAAAAGCAGUUUAUCUGAACAAAAAAACUUUAUGUCAUUUGGACAGUGUCACACUAAGGACAUAGAAAUGGAGGGCAGUCAAAACAAAUUUGGAAAAAACAAAUUACAUUAUUGACUGAUCAAUAACAAUAUUUAUUUAAUGUUUUUUAAUAUUUAUACACUGCAGUUUCAAUUGAAAAGAUGUAAUUUUGUAGUUCAUGCAAUCACUGGCUAAGGACAAAAAAUAAAACUGGUACUUUGACCUAAAAGUGCCUAUAUUUGCAAAAAUGGCCAACUACUGUAAUGAGUUUGGACAUGCUUUACAGAAAGUAAUAAAAUUUAACAUUUAACAUAAGGAGAAAUUAUAGCAGAAAACACAGUUUGGGCCAUAAUACCCAAACUCACAGUUCCUUGCGAAUUUCAAAUUAUUUUUAUUUGCAUCCAUGUGAAAAGUCAAACAAGACAGAUUGGUUGAAGUUUUUGUCAUGCAAUUGAGAAUUCAGGAACAAACUGACUCAUAAUCUAAGCAGAAAGUUCACCAGUUUUAACUUCAUUAGCUAGUUAUUACUAUAAUUAACAUUUUAGUCUGCUAGCUACUGUAGAAUGACUGAAAUUAUACUAAGGGACUUGCCAACAACAAUUUCCUUGUUGUACUUGUUGUAUAUGUGAUCACUACACAAUGCACUAUGCAAUGUGAUUAUCAAGAUGUCAACGCUUCCAGUAACCCUAUUUUAAAAGAGUUUUAUCCUAGCGCUUCCCAUAUGAAAAAUAUAGCAGUAUAAAAUGUUGAGUGUUGUGAUUUGAAGAGCAACGCUUUAGCAAAUUCUUAGUGAUUUUUGUUUCUUUCUAUUAUCUAUUUUUUUGUUAGUUCUCUUCAUAGACAGUUUCUUUGUAUGUGUUCGUGUAUUAUAACACAUUAUACUUCAUGUUAAAGGUUUUAUGUGGAUGCAUUGUAAAUUAUGUUUGAUAUUUUUAGCAUGACAGUGUUUUGCUGAAAUCAGCUCAGUCUGUACGGUGUAAUGGAAAUGAUGUUAUUGUCAGCUGUCCCAAAAAAAAACUGAAUAUGAACCUUCAAUAAAUACAGUGUUAUGUAACAACAAAAUACAUUCAAAAUACAUACUUUUACAUUCUGA